CGGACCCUCCUCCAUUUCUCUCUCGAUUUCCCUCUCUUUCACACACCACACGCACUUGCGCAUUGUCUCUCUCUCUCUCUCUCUAGAACAUUUUUUUUCGGUUGGGAGCGUUAAUGCAGAAGAUUAUUUUAGGAAACUUUUCUAAGCGGACACAGAAUCCGUGAUUUAUUUGUAUAACUCAUCUGGAAAUCUGCAAUUUCCUCUCUGUAUUUGUGAGAAAAAGCAAAUUAUUUAUUUUGACUAGGAUUUUCUGAAUUCUGCUCGGUUUACUGCGCAAGUUGGAGAAAAAAAGCAAGGAUUCGUGUCCGUGUUUGGUAGCAGUUCCGGUUCUCUGCGCUAUUGAGCUGCUUGGCUUGGAUUUGUCGUUCGACGAGUAUUUUGGGGGAAGAGUGCUUUUCCUGUACGGGAGAGAGUUGUUUUUGUUCUGAUUUUAGUUUGCAUUUGGAGUUUGUAGUCUGAGAUCGCGUGCGGAGAGUGUUCGGAGUUCGAAUCUGAUGUGUUUUUCUCGAACUCCGCAGAAUUUCGGGGCAUCUUAGAGACCUGCUGACUUUCAAAUAGUUUCUGGUGAAUUUGAACUUCAGAGAAAAUGGGGUUUGAAUCCGGAACUAUCAUAGACCCUGUGAAACUGGCAACUUCUGACCAUGCUUCGGUGGUCUCAAUUACCUUAUUUGUCACGCUCUUGUGUACGUGUAUUGUGAUUGGUCAUCUAUUGGAGGAAAACCGUUGGAUGAACGAAUCAAUCAUCGCCCUUAUAAUUGGUCUAGGCACUGGAGUUUUCAUUCUACUUGUAAGUGGAGGCAAAAGCUCACAUCUUAUGCUGUUCAGCGAGGAUCUUUUCUUCAUUUAUCUGCUUCCUCCAAUUAUUUUUAAUGCUGGGUUCCAGGUGAAAAAGAAACAAUUCUUUCGCAAUUUCAUAACUAUAAUGAUGUUUGGAGCACUUGGUACAUUGAUAUCCUUCAUCAUCAUAUCAUUGGGUGCUAUUGCCUUCUUUGGAAAAAUGGAUAUCGAUCUUGCUAUUGGAGAUUUUCUUGCAAUUGGAGCUAUUUUUGCUGCAACAGAUUCUGUCUGCACAUUGCAGGUGUUAAGUCAAGAUGAGACACCAUUACUCUACAGUCUAGUAUUUGGAGAAGGCGUUGUAAAUGAUGCAACAUCGGUGGUGCUUUUCAAUGCGGUCCAGGAUUUUGACCUCUCUCAUAUCAAUACAGGGAUUGCUUUGCAGCUAAUUGGAAACUUCUUUUAUUUGUUUAUCACAAGCACUGCGUUGGGAGUUGUAGCUGGGCUGCUUAGUGCCUAUGUCAUAAAGAAGCUAUAUUUUGGAAGGCACUCUACUGAUCGUGAGGUUGCUAUCAUGAUGCUCUUGGCUUACCUUUCAUACAUGUUGGCGGAAUUAUUCUAUUUAAGCGGUAUCCUCACCGUUUUCUUCUGUGGGAUUGUGAUGUCACACUACACCUGGCAUAAUAUCACAGAGAACUCAAGAAUUACCACUAAGCAUACCUUCGCAACAUUGUCAUUUGUUGCUGAGACAUUCAUAUUUCUUUAUGUUGGCAUGGAUGCUCUAGACAUGGAGAAGUGGAAAGUCGUCAGUGACAGCCCAAAAACCUCAAUUUCUGUCAGUGCAACUCUACUGGGUCUGGUUUUGGUUGGAAGAGCAGCCUUCGUUUUCCCCUUGUCAUUUCUGUCUAACUUGACCAAGAAGUCUCCUUAUGACAAAAUUGACUUCAAGAAGCAAAUUACUAUAUGGUGGGCUGGUCUCAUGCGGGGCGCUGUUUCAAUGGCCCUUGCUUACAACCAGUUCACCAGGGCAGGUCACACCCAGUUACGUGGGAAUGCUAUCUUGAUUACCAGUACCAUUACAGUUGUUCUGUUCAGCACUGUGGUAUUUGGCUUGAUGACGAAACCUCUAGUGAGGUUGUUGAUGCCCUCAUCCAAACAACUUAGCAGAAUGAUGUCUUCCGAGCCACUCACUCCCAAGUCCUUCAAUGUCCCACUUCUUGGCGAGAGUAUGGAUUCUGAAGGCGAGCUUUUCGGUGGAAAUGGACUGGGUUCAGACGCUCAUGGAAGUGGCCAGGGGGGAGUGCGUCCUAGCAGGUUACGGAUGCUAUUGACUACCCCUACCCGUACGGUCCACUACUAUUGGAGAAAAUUCGACGAUGCCUUCAUGCGUCCCGUUUUCGGUGGCCGUGGGUUCGCACCCUACGUACCUGGCUCUCCAACCGAGGAAAACGUGAAUUACUGGCAAGGAGAAAACAAGUACUGAGGCCAUAUUAUGUGUUGAGCAGUACGACCCAAAGAGGGAGCUCCGAGAGGUUUUUCCUCCCCAUGACUAGGUUCUUUUGCGGAAACACCCAAUCGGUGUAUAGUUUGUUUGUGGUAAGUUUCUGUGUAUAUGGUUUUUGUUUCCCAAUUUACAUCUUGAUGUAUAGGCAUGAUGUAAUUAAAUGUUUGGGUUGCGGAUUGUAAGUUAUAUAUAACUUUUAACAUAUUAGUUAUCAAAUGCAGUUGUAGUUUCAUCAA